AUGGCUGUCACACUAUCAACCACUCCCUCCAUGAACAAGCGCUGGCCUCCCCUGGCCGACAAGACCUCCCUCCCCUACAGGCUCACCACCCUCUCCAAGCAAAAACUCGCCCGCGAGGCCACCGCGCCCGACCCGAAUAUCAGACGAUGCCUCGGCCACUUUCGCCUCCACUGCACGUCCAUGGAAUGGGCUCAGCGGGAUAUGACCUCUCGCAUCAACUCCUUUGAUCUCGAUUCCGACUCGGAAGACGAGGAGGAGAUACAUGACGAUGAGGUUCCAGAGGUGCCUGCUCCAGAGGUGGUGGAGCGUCUUGUCGAGAAGGCCAGCACUGUUACCGUCGCUGAACCCGCCGCUAAAGAGGAGACGACGCUCCAUGUGAGCUUUGAAGUCGUAUCAAGCGUCCCAGCCUCUGCUCCUACUCCCUCGACACCAACAACAACAACGACAACAACGACAACAACAACAACAGAACAAGAAAAAGAAAGCCUCCUAGAAAAAGGCCGCAGUUGUCUGGAAAAGACAGUCCAGAUGAAACAUUUCUGGCCUGCCCAUGGGCCCUGUCUACCUGUUCGCAUCGCCGGGUAA